AGUGCGCGCGCGGAGUGUAGCCUGAGGUUGUGGUGUGGAGGCGGGAGCGGGGCCGGAGGAGCUCUGGGAGUCACCGGGACCCUCCGGGAUCCUGCAGGACCUUCCCGGACCCUCCUGGAUUCCCGGCUCUAGAAUGCUCCAGCCCUGGGACCCUCCUACCCUGAACCGCGUUAAACCUCCGCGGACAGCGGGCAGGGCCCCAUUGGGAGCGGUCCUUACAUAACCCACCUGUCCUAGCCGGCGUUGUGUAACCGGCCCCGUGGAGCGAGGAACCGCUGCCGCACCCGCCGCCACCAUAGGCCGUGGGGAAGGAGCACAUUCCUGCCUGUGGAGAGAAAUGCUCAGUAGCAGGAGAGCUGGGAUCAGUGAAUGUGUGACCUCCUCUUUAUGGGGUGACAUGCUGUAAAGACCUCAGAGCAUCAGCUGUGCAAGCCUCAAGUUCUCCCAGGAAGUGGGUGCAGGAUAGAGCAUGCCACACAGCCCAGCCCUGCACUGGGCUGCACCCCGUGUUCGGGUUUGGUAUCCUGAAAGCCAAGGGUUCCCUUCCCCUUGUAGCCAGGAUGCUGCAUCGCACCAUUCACCUUUUCCGGAAGGAGCUCCGGCUCCAUGACAACCCAGUGCUGCUGGCUGCCCUGGAGUCCUCAGAGGCCCUGUACCCCGUGUACAUCCUGGACAGAGCAUUCCUGACCUCCUCCAUGCACAUUGGGGCCCUGCGCUGGAAUUUUCUGCUCCAGUCCCUUGAGGAUCUCCACAAAAACUUGGGCCAGCUGGGCUCCUGCUUGCUGGUUAUUCAAGGGGAGUAUGAGCUCGUUCUUAGGGAUCACGUCCAGAGGUGGAAUAUCACGCAAGUGACGCUGGAUGCAGAGAUGGAGCCGUUUUACAAGGAGAUGGAGGCCAACAUCCAGCGCCUGGGGGCAGAGCUGGGCUUUGAGGUGCUCUCCCUGGUGAGCCACAGCCUGUACAAUACCCAGCGGAUUUUGGACCUAAAUGGUGGGAGUCCCCCAUUAACUUACAAGAGGUUCCUUCACAUUCUGUCUCUGCUUGGUGACCCUGAGGUGCCUGUCCGAAACCUCACAGCUGAAGACUUCCAGAGAUGUAGGGCCCCUGACCCGGACCUGGCUGAGUGUUACAGGGUUCCUCUCCCUGUGGAUUUGAAGAUUUCCCCAGAGAGCCUUUCCCCUUGGAGAGGAGGGGAGACUGAAGGGCUGCUGCGCCUGGAGCAACACUUGACAGACCAGGGCUGGGUGACAAGUUUUACCAAACCAAGGACAAUCCCAAACUCACUGCUUCCAAGCACCACAGGCCUGAGCCCAUAUUUCAGUAUGGGCUGUCUGUCAGUUCGGACAUUUUUUUAUAAGUUGUCAAACAUUUAUGCUCAGGCAAAGCACCACUCUCUGCCUCCAGUGUCGCUCCAAGGGCAGCUGUUGUGGAGGGAAUUCUUCUAUACAGUAGCAUCAGCAACGCCCAACUUCACCCAGAUGGCUGGGAACCCCAUCUGCCUUCAGAUCUGCUGGUACAAGGACACAGAGAGGCUCCACAAAUGGAAAAUGGCACAGACAGGGUUCCCAUGGAUCGAUGCCAUUAUGACCCAGCUGCGCCAGGAAGGCUGGAUCCAUCACCUGGCUCGGCACGCUGUCGCCUGCUUCCUGACACGAGGGGACCUUUGGAUCAGCUGGGAAGAGGGAAUGAAGGUGUUUGAAGAGCUGCUUUUAGAUGCUGACUACAGCAUCAAUGCAGGGAACUGGAUGUGGCUGUCAGCCAGCGCCUUCUUCCACCAGUACACACGGAUCUUCUGCCCCGUCCGCUUCGGGAAGCGCACAGACCCCCAGGGCGACUACAUCAGGAAAUACUUGCCCAUACUAAAGAACUUUCCCUCCAAGUACAUCUAUGAGCCCUGGACAGCAUCUGAAGAGGAGCAGAAGCAAGCAGGAUGUAUCAUAGGUCAGGAUUACCCCUUUCCCAUGGUGAACCACAAGGAAGCCAGUGACCACAACCUGCAGUUGAUGAAACAGGUCAGAGAGGAGCAGCACAAAACAGUCCAGCUCACAAGAGAUGAUGCAGAUGACCCCAUGGAAAUAAAGGUAAAACGUGACCAUUCAGAAGAAAACAUUUCAAAAGGAAAAGUGGCCCGAACAGCAGAAUAAACCAAAUUCCCUCAGGGGAGGGACACCUGCUGGGUACCAAAAGAGGCAAGAGAGGAGAGCCAGGGGCCAGCUGAGCUGGCCAACCACUGUCCUCCAUACUUUGCCCUGCUAAUGGUGCCUCUUGCUUGUGACCUGACCUCAGGAGACGUGUUGGAUCUUGAGUAGUUUUAGUGCAGUUAUUUUGGAUGGAAUUGUUUAUCUCUGAGUGGCUUCUGGACCAUUUGUUGAAGCUGCUGGGUGAAUGCAAGAGGUUGUGUGGUUGUGGCAGGUCCCGCUGCUUGCAGCAUCCUUCAAAUCCAUGUUUUUCAUGCACAUGAAUAAAUAGAUUUUGUGAAAAAUAUCUUAAUGUCAGAAGACCAUGUGCACAUUAAUGUGGCUGCACAUUAGUAUUAGGACCUUGCCUUGUAGAGACAGACUUAGGGAUGUUCAUAUUAUUUAUUCUAAGUUCCCAGUUUAUGAUUGUAGUCCCCAGUUUGGGGAGACAGAGCAGAGUGCAGCCCCUUGUACGUUUUGUGUUAAGUCAUAAGUAGGAAUUGUUAUGCAUUUUAAGGACAAAGUUGAAAAUAUCUCACUAAAUUAGGGCUAAUAUAUAACUUUGUCACCAUAAUUCUCUUCCUUGCUAAGUAGAACUGCAGGGCAGAGAUUAAUUCUAUCAUGUACCACAUGGAAAGAUUUCUCCUUCCACUGAAAUAUAUUGUUUGACAAGGCUGGAUUAGUCAAUUAUGAUUGGGGGUUUGGGGGUGAGGAAGUGCAGUGGGAUUUUCAUGGCUGCAGGUAGUAUUCAGGGUUUGGAAAUAAAUAAAACUUAUUUCUGACAUGAACAA